CACGUGGUCCAACCAAUAUGGCGGCGCCCUGUGCGCUUCAGUGAGAAGUGAAGUUUCGAUUAAAUUAUAGAAAGGUGCAGCAGUCAGAGAGAUGGCGGAUCCUGGAGGAAGCCCCUUGGCUGUCAAACCAGCUUCAGAGGAGGAGGACGCAGAUAAUGUCCUUCAAGAGCCUAAAGAUGAUGCUGCCAAGUCUGAUGUUCAUACCGAAGAGGAGGGCGACUCAGCGUCUGACCCCUCCAUGUACCGCUACAUCAAAGAGGACCUCUUCACAUCCGAGAUCUACAAAGUCGAGAUCAGGAAUCUGCCUAAGUUCAUCGGGUUUAAUGACCUGAAGAAGUUCCUGGGAAAACACGGCCUCAACCCACAUAAGAUCAAGCUGUUCGGCAGGCAGACAUUCGCUUUCGUCACCUUCAAGAACGAGGAGGAGCGCGACAAGGCCAUGAAGAUGGUGCACGGCAUGCAGUGGAAGGGCCAAGUGCUGAGCGUCAGGCUGGCCAAGCCCAAAGCGGACCCCAUCCUGAGGAAGAGGGCGCGGGAGGAGGGCGAGGGCGCGGCAGGGCAGCCCGCAUCCAAGCGAGCAGAAGGGGAGGAUCAGGAGGAGCUGCCGCUCAGCGUCCAGAUCGCCAACGUGGUGACUCCGCUGUGGCGCCAGCCUUACGAGGAGCAGCUGAGGAGCAAGGAGCAGGAGGUGGAGGGAGUCCUGCAGAGGCUGGCCAAAGAGAUCGGCAGCACCAACAAAGCCAUGGUGCCAUGGCUGUUCGCACAGAAGGGAAAAUACAACAACUUGUGUUGCCCUCUGGAAAAGAUCCGGCCGUCUCCUCUUCAGAAAGAGUACAGAAACAAGUGUGAGUUCCUGAUCUCCAUGGGCGCGGACGGCGAGGAUAAGACCAUCGGUUUCCGCCUGGGGAAAUAUAAAGGCGGCUCCUGUGCUGUGGUGGGACCGGCGGAGACCUGCCACGUCUCAGCUGAGGCCAAGAGGGUGGUCAGCGACUUCCAGAAGUUCAUCAGGAAGACACCGUACACUGUGUACAGUCCAGAGACGUAUGAAGGCCACUGGAAGCAGCUGACUGUCCGCACCACGAGGACCAAACAAGCCAUGGCCAUGGUCUUUUUCAAUCCACAGAAACUCGAAGAAGAGGAACUCAACGCUUUGAAGAGCUCCAUGAAGGAGUUCUUCACCGAAGGAGAGGGGAAAGACAGCGGCGUGACCUCGCUCUACUUUGUUAGGGAGGGUCAAAGGACAUCUCCGAACCCAGAGGACCUGCCCUGUGAGCUGGUGGCUGGAGAGAGCUGCAUUCACGAGGACAUGCUGGGCCUCAGGUUCAGGAUAUCACCCCAUUCCUUUUUCCAGGUGAACACUGGAGCUGCAGAGGUGCUGUACUCUGCUGUGGGGGAAUGGGCCCAGCUGGACCAGGACAGCACCGUGCUGGAUGUGUGCUGUGGCACCGGGACCAUCGGCAUCUCUCUGGCAAAGAGGGUCAAAAAGGUGAUCGGGAUCGAGAUGUGUCAGGAAGCUGUGGAAGACGCCAAAGCCAACGCACAGCUCAACGGUCUGAGUAACGUGGAGUUCCACUGUGGGAAAGCUGAGGACGUGUUCCCGAACAUCCUCAACCACCUGGUGUCUCCCAGCGUCACCGCCAUCGUGGAUCCUCCGAGAGCCGGCCUGCACUCCAAGGUGAUCCUGGCCAUCAGGAGGGCGGAGCACCUGAAGAGGCUGGUGUACGUGGCGUGCAACGCCAAAGCAGCGAUGACCAACUUCAUCGAUCUGUGCAGGGCGCCGUCCAACAGAGUCCGCGGCGCUCCGUUCCGCCCGGUGCGAGCCAUGGCCGUGGAUCUCUUCCCUCAGACGAAGCACGUGGAAAUGCUUCUGCUGCUGGAGAGAGUGGACUACAACUCCCAGCAGUGACCGGAGGACGCAGACCGACCCCCAGAAACACGCCGGACAGCUUCCUGUCUGCUUUAGAGCUCCAAGGAGCCUGAUCUUAUAUCAGCCUCUUUUUUUUUUUUUCCAUCUUCCUUAAAGUAUCUGCAAGACCGGGAAGUCUUUAAAAUUUCAGUUAAUUUUUGUUAUGAAGUUUUACCCAUUUUUUAUUAGUAAACUCAGUUUCAUCAGAGUUUUCUUAGCGUACAGCUGCCUGGAUAUGUAGUUUACAUGUUUAUCACUUUAGCUGGCGUGAAGGAAUAUGUUUCAUAAACUGCAACAAAGAAAUAAAAACUG